UCCCGACUCUCUCGUAGCAGAAUGCAAAAGAGGAUGUUGUAGCUGAUUUCAGCGUGGUUCCUGGUGGGUUUUUUUUUUGUUGCCGAUCACGUUGUCCUUCCAGUUCUCAAAAAGAACGAGAAGAACAUCACUACCAUAUCACGCAAUGGGAAUACUUUCAUUAACCUGUUUGAUUAUAGGGUGUACCAGCAUCUGAGAGUUUUUCUUUAUUUACCCCCCCCCCCCAACAUAUAAACUCAAACGGAACUGUUAGUAUUACAUAGAAACUGUGUUGAAAUGACACAUUAAUACAUUUAUGUGCAGCGUUUCAGUACACUGCCCCAGUGAGGCAUUUCAUUCAAUACCAUGCACCAUUUCGGGGUUUAUUCACUCACAUGAAAGCGGCAGUAUCACAGUAAAAGCAGCUCGCCAGUAACACAAGCCAGUCACUGGACAGUGACGUGAAGACAGUUAUUGGAGGUUUCAAUCUUCGAGUGCACUUGCCUGAAUCGUAUUCAGUGUGUGUGUGUGUGAGGUGAGAGAAGAAAGAUCAUCAGGAUUAUGCACAAGAAUCUCUGUGGAAUGCAGAGUCUUCACGGCUGUUAAAUAAACAUCACCUCUGAACAACCACAAGAAAACUUUGCCGCAGCUUCUGUUCAUGAAAAUGAAGAUAUGAAGAUCGCUUAAGCAAACGGAAGUUGAUGAAGGAAACAUUUUCAAAUACAGCGACCUGUCUUUUCCAAGCUUCAUAAUGGAAGUUUUCCCGUGUGCAGAAAGAAACAUGUUGCAUCUCUGCACACUACAGCUGCUCACAGCGAUUCUCCGUGUAGUGGUGGAGAGUCGAGGGCUGCUAGAUGGAAUGCAAAGGGUCACUACCAUCCCGACAUAUCUGCCUGUCAACUAUCAAGUCCUCAAUGCAGAGUCAGCCUUUUUCCUUAAAGAAGCCAAUCAGGAUAUCAUGAGGAACAGCAGUUUACAGUCUCGCACGGAGCCCUUCUUUAUCUACCAGGCCAGGCAGAUGCCCACGUUCAGCGCCAGCUAUGGGCCCUUCUCAGCGGAGCAACCUGUUCCUCUGGACCUUCUACAGAGCCCCCACGCUUUCGUUGCGUCCAGCAUGUUCACCUUCAACUGGAAGGUGCAGACCUACAUCAUCAGAGAGAAGGUUUACUUCAGCUGGCCUAAGGUGCAAGUUUUGUUUUACAUUGCGGGGAGAGACUGGGAUGAUUACAGUACCAUAGACAAGCUGCCCUGCGUGAAAAUGUUCGCUUUCCGGGAGACGCAGGAAGUCCGGGGCACCUGUAAGCUCAAGGGGGACCUUGGGCUUUGUGUGGCCGAUCUGGAGCCCCUUUCAAGUUGGUUUAGUCCACCCAGCGUGGUUCCGGGCCGACAGAAAACUUUUGACCAAUCAGAAGGGGCCCCUGUGGAACUCUACUAUGUGGUCCAGUCAGCCGAGAAUGGGGAAUGUUCCUCUGACGACUCUAGAAAGGGGAAUUCUAUUCGGUCAGACCAGGACAAAGCUUUUGGCCCAUCCACCACCUCCCCCAUGCAGAGGAUUGGUAGUGUCCGCCUAUACCAGUCCCCAGGGCCCCCACAGCUGUCAGAGCUGAAGCUGGAUAAUAACAUUGUGAUCCUGGUGCCAUCUAAACCUGUCAAACAAAGGGAUAUUGUUACUGCCUUUGUUUCUACCACCAGCAUUACAAGCGUGGAGAUGUUUACCCUGAGAGUGAAGUUAAGGAAGGGGUUGAGUUUCCUGGGCGCGAGAUCCAGCAGCCCCAGCUUCUGGGCUAUCAGACAGGAAUCGGGGAACGAUGGGAGGCACCCUGUCAUCACCGUCCUCUGUCAGAGGAAAGGGGCCACUUCGGGAAACAGGGCGGAGGACGGGGCGGUGGGGGUCAUGCAGAUGGAUUUUGAGGUGGACACCUUCGCUGACCUGCUGGGGAGUAGUUCCAUCACGUGGCAGGCAGAGUACCCCAGGACCGGAGCCCGGACCGAGGAGGCAGAGACCGAGAUCCACCUUGUACACAAAGACCUGGGCAGCAUCAUUCCUCUAGCCAUGGACACAGAGAUCCUGAACACAGCAGUGCUGACUGGGAAGACGGUGGCUGUCCCUGUGAAGGUGGUGACUGUCGGAGAAGACAGCACUGUGACAGACGUGUCCGACUUCGUGAAGUGCCAGUCAGGGGAUGAGGACGUGGUAAAGGUGUCAGACAGGUGUGACUACGUCUAUGUGAACGGGAAGGAGAUGAAGGGGAAGGUGAAGAUGGCGGUGAAUUUCACCUACGAGUACCUGAGCGCCCAGCUGGAAAUGACUGUGUGGAUCCCUCGGCUCCCCCUGCAGAUAGAGGUGUCUGACACUGAGCUCAGCCAGAUCAAAGGCUGGAGGGUCCCCAGCCCAACCAGUAAAAGGAUUGCACGGGACAGCGAUGAUGAGGAUGAAGAUGACAGGAGAGGGAGGGGAUGCACGCUGCAGUACCAGCAUGCAAUGGUCCGAGUCCUCACAUACUUUGUAACCGAGUCCUUGGAGCCUGGAGGUCAGCUGACCUACAUGCUGGGCUCUGAUUGGCAGGUUGACAUCACAGACCUGGUGACAGAUUUCCUGAAAGUGGAGGAGCCCCAGAUUGUAAAACUGCAUGACGGGAGGGUCCUAAUGGGCCUGGAUACCGGCAUGACAAGCAUACAGGUGCUGUCCCCUUUAUCAGACACCAUCCUGGCUGAGAAGACGGUGACAGUGCUGGAUGACAAGGUGACCAUCACUGACCUAGGGGUGCAGCUGGUCACGGGGCUCUCACUGUCCCUUCAGCUCAGCACAGGAAGCAACAGGGCCAUCAUCGCCACGACAACCACGCAGGAGGUGCUUCACAGUCCUAAACAGGAGGCAGCGAUCAGCGCAUGGAUCCAAUUCAGCGACGGCUCCGUGACUCCUCUGGAUAUCUUCAAUCCCGACUACUUCUCCCUCACUGCAACCUCCCUGGAUGAAGAGGUGGUCUCAGUCCGGCAGGACCCAGCAAUGAAGUGGCCAGUGAUUGUGACAGAAGGGGAGGGACAGGGUGUUUUGGUGAAGGUGGAAAUGGUGAUCUGCGAGACCUGCCAGAAGUCCAAACGGAGAAGCGCUCUCGGCUCCGGAGGUGGAAGCGUCAAGGUAAAGUUCGGCCAGAACGACGCAAGCCCCAAAGUGAGUGGCAGCGAUUACGGGGUGGACAGUGAUGAGCUACAGAACCGUGCUAGCGACCGGAGACAGAAACCGGCAGAGCAGGACCGUGCUGGGAUAGACGUGCAUUAUUAUGGAAGUUCAAUCUCAGACUUGGAGGAUAGCGUCAUGAAAAAGAUACCCACGACUAUCAAGUCAGCAAUAAUAAGGAAAUCAGAGGGUGACAAGCUUUCGGAUGAUGGCAGUCAGCUCCAAAAUAUUCCCAUUGACUUCUCAAAUUUCCCUGCGCAGGUGGACCUGCCUCGGAACAACAGAGGCAUGGGGGAUAACGAUCUUGUGCAAACCGCACGAGGCCUGACUGAUCUGGAGAUAGGGAUGUAUGCCUUGUUGGGAGUGUUCUGCCUUGCUAUAUUGGUAUUCCUCAUCAACUGCAUCUCGUAUGCUUUGAAGUACAGGCACAAGCAGGUUCCCAUGGAAGGACAGGAGACCAUGAACCACUCCCACGACUGGGUGUGGCUUGGGAACGAGAUUGAGCUAUUGGAGAACCACACAGGCCUCUCCCCUCAGCAGGGCGAGCACACCACCGUAAUCGACACAGGGAUGGGGUUUGAGGAAGGCGGCCACCUCCUGAAUGGCGGCUCCACCCAGAAGAAUGUUCAGGGGCAGAUCCACAGGUCUGCCGAUUCUGGAUGCGGCAAUUAUGGGAAAGAACACAAAAACGAGUCCCUAAACUCUCCUACAACAAAAAGGAAGCGUGUGAAAUUUACGACAUUCACCACUAUCCCCCCAGAUGACGGCUGCCCUUCCAUUAAACCGAUUUUCUUGGGUGGUGAGGAUGACAUUAAAUGGGUUUGCCAGGACAUGGAGCUUGGGGAUUCCAAAGAGCUUAGAAACUACAUGGAAAGGCUACAUGACAUUGCAUAGUAAUUUUAUGACAGACUUGAAACAACUCACCCUUAUGCCUUCAGAAUGGGGAGGAGGGGCCAGGGAUUCAGAUAAUAAUAUGGUGGCAUACAAAGUUCCAAACUGUUGUCAUGGAAACUACCAAAGGGGCAUUUUAUCAUAAUGGAAAUAAGGAAAUGCAGUAGAUAAUAAAAACAAGAGAUAAAUAAAGACAAUAAAACAAGAGAUGGAUAUUCUAAAUGGAAUAUAAAAUACAACUAGGAGUCUGAGAAACAUUUUCAAGUGGAUUAUUAUUGUUAGUUGGAUUAUUUUCUCAGUUUAAGGAGAGAGAUGGUGGACUUGAGCUUAAUAUAGUAUUUUUUAUUGUAUUACUUUUCAUGCUGUAGUUUCAAAACAAAACUUUAAAUAUUACAAAUUACCUGGAUACAGUAUGUUGUCAAAAAAAAUGCAGAUAAUGAAUUGUAGAUUCUAAGAAUGUAAUA